AUGCGCAUCCCCCGGUCCGAGCUUCGACCGGUGAGCGCACCCUUCCGUGGUGUGAUCCCAGGGAUGCAGGCGUACCCGCUCGGGCAGAUCGAUCUAUACGUCAUGUUUGGCGACCACGCCAACUUCCGCACGAGGAUCCUGACCUUCGAGGUGGUGGACUUCCUAGGGUCCUACCAUGCCAUCCUGGGGCGACCGUGCUACGCCAAGUUCAUGGCAAACUUCGAGCUCGCCACCGGCCUUGCCAACUCCGCCGAAGUCCCAAAGGUCGGAAUGGAGGUGGCACCGACAAUGCCCGACUACAAUGAGUCGACCGCCAUGAGUGCUUUUAGUCCGACCGAGGAGACCAAGGCGGUGGAGAUUGACCCCAGCAACCCAACCAAGGCGGUGUGGAUCGAGACCAAGCAUUCGGCCAAAUAG